CUUCGAAAGUUGCAAGCCCGCGAAAAUCAGUCGAGCGUCAAGCCGCAAUAAUCCUUUACAAUGGGUGGUGUCAGCGUUCGCGAUGUCCCUGCGGACAAGUUCAUCGAAGCCUACGCAUCCUUUUUGAAGCGACAAGGUCGUCUUCCAGUGCCUCCAUGGCAAGAUUUGGUCAAGACCUCUCACUCGAAAGAGCUCCCUCCACAGAACCCUGACUGGUGGUUCGUCCGAUGCGCCGCUGUCGCUCGCCACGUGUAUCUCCGCAAGACCGUUGGCGUUGGCCGUCUAAGGAAGGUACACGGCAGCACAAAGAACCGUGGCUCGCGCCCAUGCCAUCAUGUCGAUGCAUCUGGUUCGGUCGACCGUAAAGCCAUGCAGGCUCUGGAGAAAGUUGGUGUUCUCGAGCAGGACGAAGACAAGGGUGGCCGCAGAAUCACACAGGCUGGCCAACGAGAUUUGGACCGCAUUGCUAUGACUGUACUCGAGGCGGAUGAGGGUGAUGAAGAUGACGAGUAGAUGUUUUCGCUUUGAAGAAGCAGCUUGAACUCUUCCCUCCUGCCACUACAUUCAAGGCGUGGUGGUUAAUGUCAUAUUUGCAUGAAAUCGGAUCUGGUCUGGCGGCUGAAAAUGCCUGGGCGUUGAAUUCGUCGUAGAUAAAAAUCCUAAACCGGAUGGAAACUAUUUGGCGCCUAGGCAUUGCAUCUCUGAACGUGCUUCAUACGUAACACCUGCUACUCCAUUCCCUUUCUAUUAGCAUAAUAAGACGUUGGAAGGCCGACAUUUGUCGAAAUUUUGCGUUCCUUUCCUUUUUAAUUAUUUGUUCAUGGGCAUUUUGCAAUGUUCAAAGCGCCCAAAAAUUUGUGUUCUGGCAUCACUAUCAAAUAAAAUAUUGCAACUCAACAAGAACUUUUGCCUGUAUUUCACCACG